CCCAUUCGAGCUAAACUGGAGGGAUUUCUGUAGUAUUGAGCGAGCAGCUAACACGUUAGCAACACUGAGAUAACCUAUUUGCAAAUAAUUCGCUCCUUAAAAAAAGGAAACCAAGCCGGCUCAGAGGAUGGAUUUAGAAGACGACACGACCAUUUUAACAACCCUGAAGUCCUUCAAUUCCUUCAUCAGCCGCCCCGAACAUCCACAGCGGCUGUCAGAGCACUCAGCAGGGAGUGGAAUCCUGCAGAGUCAGUACAAGCGCAGCAUGGAGCUUUUAGAAGCAGCAGAGAGGGUUCACUCCAAGAAUCGCUACCUGCAGUUGGACCAGGAAAAGAAACAGAUGGAGCUGAGUCACAAACGGGCUCGUUUUGAACUGGAGAAGGCAGCCUCAGACAGCGCACGAGACUUGGAGCAUGAGGUGGAUCGGAACCAGGAGCUUUUGACACAAAUAAAGAAGCUGGAGGAGAGAGCGGAAGAGGCGAAUAAGAAGAUAACAGAGCAGAAGGAAGCAAAUGAUGCUCUCCAGAAGAACCUGGAGGGUCUAAACAAGACACUGGAGGAACGAGAUGAUAAGCUUGGCACAGCUAACCAGACCAUCAGCUCUUUGAAGGAUGAGAUCAGAGAGCUCAGGCAGAAGAUUCAAAACCAAGACUCAAAAAUUUCUGCUCAAACGCUCGAAAACCAGGAGUUACAGGAAAAGCUAGAUUUGCAACAAAGGAAGUAUCAGGAAGUCUCUCAACUUUGCCAAAGUCUCCAAGCUGCGCAGUCCUCAUGCUCUGAUCACAUAAUCAAGAUUAAGGAGUUGGAAAGGCGGCUUGUGUUCCAGGAGCAGGACUUUGCCAUUGUGAAGACUGUAAAGUCAGAGGUGGCCAGAGUUCCAGAUCUGGAAAAGGAGCUGAAGCGCCUCAGAGAUGAUAAUGCUUACCUCAGGGAGAGCAGAGAAAAUUGCAGCCUGUUGAAAGAGGAGGUGGAGGGUCUGCGGAAGAAGCUGGAGAGGAUGGAGAAAACCAAAGAAGAGCUGAUCAACAUAGAACUGGAAAAAGAGAGGCUCACUGAGAAGCUCCACGCCUGGGAGAACCUUGGGCAAUCUACUGGACUCAACAUAAGGUCAGACACUAUUUCAAAGUGUGUACGUUUGAAUCACAAAGAAAAAUAUUUAAAUAGACAUUUAUAUAAUCUCUCCAAUAUUGUGAGGAGUGUGGAGCGUUCACAGUCUGAGCUUCGUGCAGAGCUGACCCAGCAGCACAGCAAGACUCUGGAGGAGCAAAAGAAGAGAGAGGCACAGGACGCUCUUGUCCGUCGACUGCAGAAGCGGGUGCUGCUGUUAACCAAGGAGCGGGAUGGAAUGCGUGCCAUAUUAGAGUCCUAUGACAGCGAGCUGGCGCCUACUGAGUACUCUCCUCAACUGAGCAAACGACUCAGGGAGGCCGAGGACAUACUGCAGAAGACACAGAGCCAUAAUGCAGAGAUGGAGGCUCAGCUGACCAAAGCGCAGGAGGAGACAGGGACACUAAAACUGCAGCUACAAACAGCGGAGCUGGAGCUGGAGUCUUUAAAGAAGCAGCAGGCCUCUGCUACUGACAGCAACUCUUUACUGACCAAAGAAGAGGUCACCAUUCUCAGACAGAAAAUUGAAGAUUUAGAGAGAGAGCGGCAACGUUUGGAGGAGCAGAAUAACAUUCUGGAGAUGAGACUGGAGAGACACAACCUACAGGGAGACUACGAUCCAGUCAAAACCCGUGUUCUCCACCUCAAAGUGAACCCCACCGCCAUUGCCAAACAAGAGCGCCAGCAGGAAGUGGAGGCUCUCCGGCAAGAAGUGACACGGCUCAGGGAUCUUGUACGCUCUUUGCAGAGUGGAGGUGCUGUGGGGCAUUCCCAGGAUGACACGCACAACCCCAGCUUCAGCCUUAGUUUGGCUCCUUCAAAGGAAGUGUUGGAUUUGCGUAAACAAAUGGAGAGUUCAGAGCUGAGGAACCAGAGACUUAAAGAGGUGUUUCAGAGAAAAAUACAGGAGUUUCGCACAGUGUGCUACGUCCUGACCGGCUACCAGAUCGAUAUAACCACUGAGAACCAAUACCGGCUCACGUCUGUCUACGCGGAGCACAUGGAUGACUCCUUGCUCUUCAAAAAGGGCUCCAACGGAAGCAUGCAGCUUAUGGAAACAGAGUUCUCCAAAACUCUGGGAGAGAUGGUGGCUCUUCAUCUGCAUCACCAGAAGAGCAUCCCAGCGUUCCUCUCCGCCGUGACCCUCGACCUCUUCAGCCGACAGACCACAGUCUGACAGAACUGCACACCAUCUCACACACUCCUGUAAAAAUUCGAGAUGAGCUUAACUUUUAUUUUGACUCCCCC